ACCAGGCCCACGCCGCCACACCUGACCUCGGCCAUGGCGGAGAACAUCCUGGCCGCCGCCUGCGAGAGCGAAACGCGGAAAGCAGCCAAGAGGAUGCGGCUGGAGAUCUACCAGACCUCCCAGGACGAACCGAUCGCUCUAGACAAGCAGCACUCCAGAGACUCCACAGCCAUCACCCACUCCUCCUACUCACUGCCAGCUUCAUCUUACUCCCAAGACCCAGUCUACAUCAAUGGAAGCCUGAACUAUAGCUACCGUGGCUACGGGUCCCUGGGGGGCAGCCUGCAGCCCCCUGCCUCCCUCCAGACGGGCAACCACAGUAACGGUCCGACCGACCUCAGCAUGAAAGGUGGGGCCUCCAGCACGGCCCCCUCCAACAGCACCAGCAGGGGAAUGCAGGCUGCCCAGCUCAGCCCCACGGAGAUCAGCGCGGUGCGGCAGCUCAUCGCCGGCUACCGAGAGUCGGCGGCGUUUCUGCUUCGAUCUGCAGACGAACUGGAAAACCUCAUUUUACAGCAGAACUGACUCCCCGUGUCUGCAUCGCUCCUCUGUCGAGAAGACAAUUUAUACCUGCUAGGAAGAGGCUCCCAGCGGCGUCCUGCUCAGGACCACCAUCGUCCUCCCGUGAAGCGGCGGGUACAUGUAGUUUUAGAAGGUGGAAUCCAAAAGACCUGUUUUCUUUUACACUCCAAGCACCUGGGACUUCAGGCACAAGGACACGUUUUGGACGCGUACCAUCCCCCGUGCGGCCGGCCGACCAGAAGCCAAACCUGCGGCUUGGAAGGAUGUGGGACUUUCAAGGGCAGAAGGGAGCCUGGGGAGGUUUGGGGCUGCAGAUGUAUUUAGAAUAACCUUUGUGGACCCAAAUGUUAGAUUCCCCUCCCCAGAUAAUUUCCAAGUCUUAGGUGAGCUGAAUCACGUAUUUAUUGAGAAAUGGACCCUCCUCUCCCCUUAGUAAUUUAUUUUUCUGAAAAUGG